CUUUAUAAAAAAUUUAAUGGCAUUCUAUUGGUUUAUUUUUCAAAUUAUGUCUUCUAGGCGCUCUAGUGAUAUAUGGUACCACUUUAUUGAUAAGGCGGCCAACCGUGCAGAAUGCAAAUACUGCAAGAGUAUCCUCAGUAUUGCAGCAGGGUCUCUUGGAAAUUUACGGAGGCAUUUGAAAACAAAGCAUCCAACAAUACCAAUUGAGAGGACUUCUAGCAGCACUCCAUCCCAGGUUAGGGCUGGGACAUCUACAUCAUGUGAACGCUCCCGUUCACCUUCUACAUCAUCCACUGAUAUUACGGUAUCUGAUUCACAUGUAGAGUCUACAUCUUCUACAUCCAUGGACAAUCUACAUCCUUCUAGACCACAACACUUACAACAGCAUGGUAAUCAAUCCUCACUCACAGAUUUUAUUACUAUUGCAAAGCCAAUGUCUGUGAAAAGAAGUCAAGCAAUUGAUAUUCAAUUGCUAAAAAUGAUAUGCAAAGAGUAUCAUCCAUUUAGUUUAGUUGAAGAUCGUGAGUUUAAAGAAUUUGUCACAAUGCUAAAUCCGAGUUAUAAACUCCCAAGCCGAAAAACAUUAUCGGAAAGUUUGCUGCCACAACUCUAUUCAAAUUUGGUGGCAGAUGUGAAAAAGAAACUGGCAGAUUCACUAGCUGUAGCUCUGACAACUGAUGGUUGGACUUCAAUCAAUAAUGAAAGUUUCAUUGCGAUAACAGCACAUUAUAUUAAUAGUGAUUCCAAGCUAUGCAGUAGUUUGUUAGGUGUCUUUGAAUUCCAUGCAAGGCACACGGCUGAAAACCUAGCAGAAAUCAUUAAGGAUAAAUGCCAGGAAUGGGAAAUUUCAGAAAAAGUGGUUGUCAUUGUAACUGACAAUGCUGCAAAUAUAGUUGCAGCAGUAAAUACAAACUGGAAGCACAUACCUUGCUAUGCGCAUACACUUAAUUUAGUGGUGAAAUCAAGUAUUUCACCAAUUUUUUCAAUUGUUGAAAAAUGCAAAACACUAGUCCAAUUUUUCAAAAAAAGUAGCCAUGCUUUGUCAAAACUCCAUGAAACCCAAAAGCAGAUGGGUUUACCAGAGCUGAAACUCAUUCAAGAUGUGCCAACAAGGUGGAAUUCCACCUAUGACAUGCUCAAAAGAAUUGUGAGUAACAAAGAGCCAAUGUUAUCCACACUAGCAGUUCUAGGGUAUGAUGAGGUUAAGCUUUCUGCUGAUGAGUGGAAUAUUGUGCAACAUGCAAUUGAUAUUUUGGAAGUUUUUGAUGAAGUAACAAAAGAACUCAGCUCAGAGCAAAGUGUUACUUUGUCAAAAACUAUAGUCCUAUCACGAAAUUUAUACAAUUUUGUAAGUAGAAUGUUACAAAGUCAGAAUUUGCCAUCCCUUGUAAAGGAAAUGUGCAAUAAGCUUAUAAAGGAGGUAAAUGACAGGCUUAUUGCCAAGGAACAGGUUUUUAUCCCUGAAAGCACAUUGCUAGACCCCCGAUUCAAAAAGUCCGCUUUUAAAAACUCGAGUAAAUUUGAUGCUGUGUAUCAGGCAUUGGUGGGAAAAAUUCAGGCACAAAUGAAUACUCCCCAUCAGUGUGAUCCCCUGCCACAAAUGCCCAAGCCUAGCAGUUCAAAAAUAUGGGCUGAGUUUGAUAAGGAGACAGAUAUUUUGAGGGCCAGACAAAACCCAAGAGCUGCCAGCAUAGUAGAAAUAGACAAAUAUUUGGCAGAACCACUGUUGGAUAGAAAUGCUGAUCCCCUCAUUUGGUGGCAGCAAAGAAAAUUGAUAUAUCCAAAUAUCUAUAAGUUAAUGGUGGAAAGGUUGUGCAUACCUGCAAGCUCAGUUCCUUGUGAAAGGAUUUUCUCAAAGGCAGGUCAAGUAUUAAUAGAAAGAAGAAGCCGUUUGAAAGGGACCAAAGUAUCAAAAAUGCUCUUCAUUCAAUACAAUUCUUGAAUAAGAUAUAAUUUUGAUUUGAUUUCAAUGCUAGUAGGCCUACCAUAAUUUUAUAUUUUGAAAGUUUAGAUAUAAAGUUUAGUUUAUUGUAUGUGAAAAUUAAUAUUCUGUUUGUUCCAUAUUUUGUAUUAACAUUUGACAUUUGAAAGUAUAAAUGAUAUAAAAUUCAUAUAGCAUUAAUACAAUUUUUCAUAAGAGUAAGGAAUCAUGAUAAUUUUUUGUAAGUUUGGAUUAUAUUAGAAAUAGAGUUUAGUUUAUUGUAUGUAAAAAUUAAUAUUAUGUUUGUUUGCUUAUAUUGCUGGUUUUUGUGAAAGUAUAAAUAAUUAAUUCAACAUUAAAACAAUUUUUUAUAAGAGUGAGGAAUCAUGAUUAUUUUUUGUAAGUUUGGAUUAUAUUAGAAAUAGAGUUUAGUUUAUUGUAUGUAAAAAUUAAUAUUAUGUUUGUUUGCUUAUAUUGCUGGUUUUUGUGAAAGUAUAAAUAAUUAAUUUAACAUUAAGAAAUAGAGUUUAGUUUAUUGUAUGU